AUGGUGGUUCCUAUAGUGCUUGGAAUUGGUGUUACUGUGAUAGCACUUACUGCAAGAGCAACAAUCUCCGCUUACCGACAGUACUUGCACUUGACGCCAGCAAUGAUUGCCACUUUAAACAACAUUAAACUUACAAAUAUAGACGAUAUUUCAUCCACGGUGAAGAAAUCUGAUCCACGAUACCUUCAUUACAAAUUCCUACGACUGAAGUACCCCAAUAGAACUUUCUUAACACCCAUGACUGAACAGGAAGCGUUGUUGAUUUUGGGCAUAGAAGGUGAUGACAUUCUAAAUGUUGAUAAAAAGAUGGUUAGGGAUCGAUAUCGAAAAUUGAUGGUGUUGAAUCAUCCAGACAAGCAAGGCAGUAAGUAUAUUAGUCAAAAAAUCAAUGAGGCAAAGGACGUGCUCGAUAAAAGCUAUAUGGUGAAUAAGUAG